UUCAGUUUUUCUUUCCGCGAAAGUGCGAAACCAACCAAGCAAACGACUCUCUCUCUCUCUCUCUCUCUCUCCCUCGUGUUUGAUUCGAAGAUCAUUGUGACCAUGGAGGACGAAUCAGGAAACGAAGGAGACGGAUACACAAUGAGCGAUUCACUGCUUGCACGAUGGAGAAUCGAAUUCUCGAAAUCGUUUCAGAAUCACCUCGACAGAUCGGCUCCACACCUCGUUCGAAGAUGGCUAGUGACGUUAAUCGCCGCCGUGAUCUACAUCUACAGAGUUUACUACGCUUACGGAUUCUUCGUCGUCUCGUAUGGUCUCGCGACUUACAUCUUAAACCUCUUGAUCGGUUUCCUCUCUCCCAAAGUCGAUCCAGAGCUCGAAGCCUUGGAUCCUGCUUCUGCUUCUGCUUCGUCUGAGUCCAGUAAAGAUUCUGAUGAGUUCAAGCCGUUUGUUCGUCGUCUUCCUGAGUUCAAGUUCUGGUAUGCAGCUACUAAGGCUUUUGUUGUAGCGUUUGUGAUGACCUUCUUCUCGUUCUUGGAUGUGCCUGUGUUCUGGCCCAUCUUGCUUUGCUACUGGUUGUUUCUGUAUUUUCUCACUAUGAAACGACAAAUCGUGCACAUGGUCAAGUACAGAUACGUUCCUUUCGAUUUUAGAAAGAAGAGGUAUGGUGGAAAUGAUAAGCCUAGUAGCAGCAAUUCACCUCAAGGAGAUGAAAAUACGGCUCAGACGUGAAGCUAAGUAGAUUGUUAUAGCAUACUGUGGUGUAAAAGGAAAAAACAAUGUUCUUGAUACUUAACAGAACUGAGAAAGCUAUCUUAUGUUUGAGUUAUGUUAUGUUUGACAGCUUCCAAUAUCUUCUUGCAAUGCAGACGCCAAAUCACUGAUCUGAAUUGCCUCAGAGAAGCGGAUAAUAUGCCAUCUUACUCAGAACACACUAUAGAUUCUAGAGUUUACUUGCUUUGUACACUGUGAAGUCUUUAAUAGUGCUCAUGGAUUUGUUCAGUAUGUAAAUGUUAUGAUAGUUGAUCGGAACUGAAUGUAACUUCUCCUUUAUUGAAUGGAUCAGAACGAAAUACAAGAUG